AUGCCCAAGGCAAUCAUCAUAGUUGGCGGUGGCUCUGCGGGCAUCGCCACCGCUACAAGGUUGCGUCGCCUUGACGAAUCGGCGAUGAUCACGGUGUUUGAAAAAGGAGCUCAUGUAAGCUACGCAAGUUGUGGAAUUCCUUAUGCUCUGGGCGACGUCAUCAGGGACGACGCUUUGUUGCUCCCCUACGAUCCGCAUUACUUCAAGCAGCGCUUCAACAUUGAUGUUUAUGUCAAUACCGAAGUAGUGGAGAUCGAUCGCCGAAACGAACAGAUUUGUGUUCGAUCCGGUGGAAAUGUCGAAAGCCAUCGAGUCGACUACGACAAGCUUGUGCUGUGUCUGGGGGCCGAGCCAAUUUGGCCCUCGAUUGACCACCAGGCGCACUGCCAUGUCUUCCAUCUGCGGACAUCGUCCCAUCUGCAAGAAAUCAAAACAUUCAUGGUUAACUGUGGUGUCGGUAACGUUUGUAUAAUUGGGGGUGGCCUCCUCGGCAUCGAAGCGGCCGAAAACCUGCGAAAGAUCUCGCUCAAAGUUUCCAUCGUCGAGCAGACGUCGCACAUCAUUCCUGGCAUUGACAGAGGCGUGGCCGAGAUUCUUCACGCAGAAUUGGAAAGGAACGGGGUAAAGCUGUACCUUGAUGCUACAGUGAAGGGGAUAAGCAAGUCAUACGUGGUCUUGUCCAAUGGUGCAGAGGUCCCCGCUGAAUUUGUUCUUCUCGCCGCGGGCAUGGAGCCUAGAAAGGCGCUGGCAGAACAGGCAGGGCUGGAAGUGGGUUUCAACGGUGUCAGGGUUGAGGCAAACUUGCAAACGUCCGACGAAGAUAUCUACGCCAUUGGAGACAUGGCAGAAACCCGGCAUAGAUUUACGAAACACCCAGUCCCGGUCGCUUUCGCUGGGCCGGCAAGCAGACAGGGCCGCAUGGUGGCAAAUGACAUAGCAGGCAGGACGACAUUUUAUCGCGGCAAUGUCGGGACAGUGGUGUGCCAAGUCUUUCGUCUUUCAGUUGGCUUCACUGGUCUCUCUGUCCCGGCGCUUCGUGAGCUGGGGCAAGAGCCGCUCUGGGUCACGGUGCAUCCCACGGAUCAUGCAAGCUAUUAUCCCAAUGCGCACCCGAUGACUAUUAAACUCGCGUUUGAGAAGAAAUCGGGUCGCAUUCUGGGCGUGCAGGCUGUCGGGGGAGCCGGCGUCGACAAGCGCAUCGACGUCUUGGCGACCGCCAUGCAAGCGGACAUGACAGUACUGGAUCUGGAGCAUCUCGAACUGGGCUUCGCACCGCCUUACGGCUCAGCAAAGGAUCCGGUCAAUAUUGUUGGGUUUGUGGCCACAAAUGUCUUGCGCGGAGACUGCAGGAUCGUGCACGUCGAGGACCUCGACUUGGAGGGCCUCGAUUACUGGCAAGUGGUGGACGUUCGCUCGCCCGAAGAGUUUGCAAGCAGCCACAUUCUGCCGGCUAUCAACGUGCCGAUAGAUGCGCUGCGUGAGAAAAUGUCUCUUCUUGAUAAAACAAAACCAAUUGUUGUGUAUUGUGACGUGGGGUAUCGCGGAUAUCUGGCUUACAGGAUUUUGAGCCAGAAAGGGUUUGACGUGUUCAAUCUUGACGGUGGUAUGAAAACGGUGGUGGAGGCGGGGUUUAAAAACCUGGUCAAAUAA